AUGGAACAAGUAUCAAAACAAUUAUAUGUAAGACCAAUCGACUCAGGUGUUACUAGAGAUGAAAUUGAAGCUCAUUUUUCCCAAGCUGGCCCUGUUGCUGAUAUUAAACUAUUGGAAGGUUACGCAUUCGUAACUUAUGAAGAUGAGGCAACAUCAGAAAGAGCUUUAAACGAGUUACAUAAUAGUGAUUUAGCUGGUCAAAGAAUAAAUGUUGAAUUUGCUAGAAUUAGAGAAUUAAGACCAAGUUUUAGAAUUAAAAUAACUAAUUUACCAGAACCAACCGCAUGGCAGGAUAUUAAAGAUUAUGUACGUGAUAAAACUGAAUUAAAUCCACAAUAUGUUAAAGUUUUUAAAGAUUGGACAAGUGGUUUAACUACAUGUUCUAUGUCAUUUGAUACACAAGAUGAUUUAGAUAAAGCAAUUCCAUUAUUAGAUAAUAGUGAAUAUUCCGGUCAAGUUAUUUCAGUUGAAGAAGACACUAGUCCAGUACCUCCACCAAGAUCAAGAGGUGGUUUUAGAGGUGGUUUCAGAGGUGGUAGAGGUGAUUUCAGAGGUGGAUUUAGAGGAAGAGGUGGCUAUAAUGAUAGAGGUGGAUAUAGAGAUGGUUAUUCAGGAGGUUUCAGAGGUGGAAGAGGUGGCUAUAAUGACCGUGGUGGAUUCAGAGGUGGAAGAGGUGGAUUUGACCGUGGUGGAUUUAGAGGAGGAAGAGGUGGUUACAAUGAUCGUGGUGGAUUUUAUGACCGUGGUGGAUUUAGAGGAGGAAGAGGUGGCUAUAGUGACAGAGGUGGCUCAAGAGAUGAUGGUUAUCAAGAUAGACCAAACAGAUAUGAUGAUAGAUCAUCUUAUAACAGGGAUAGAUCACCAACAAGAUUUUAA